UUUUCCUUCAUCAUAAAAGUUGAUUUUGAAACGCGGCUAUGCUGCGGUCCGUUGUAGUUGAAAUAAUUUACAUUUGGCGGCCUUCUAAACUCGUAUUUCAAAUUGAUUUUAACGCCAAAUACCUAUAAGAGUAAUAGUUAGGGAUAAAAUAAUAAUAAGAAGAUGCCCAGUGUUGUAAGCAGUGCACAGAGGCCUCUUCCAGUAGACGGCACUAAAAUGCAGCUAGAGUGUUUGGAAACGGCUGGAUGCACUCUGGACCGGUAUAUUUGUGCUGAUAAUUCAAGGCCUUCCUUUUUAGAGAUCACAGGAAUUGCAGCCCAAAGAGUUCCAACAUGCAGUGGAUUGAACACAGGAGAUUACAAGAACUUGGCAGCUCUUCUGAAUCAUCAAAAUUUAUCACAGUUGAAAACUGUGAACAAAGUUCCGCUGCCUCCUGAAAUAAUGGAACAUUUUGCCCAUAUGCAAUGUCAUUGUCUCAUGGGAGUAUUUCCAGAAAUUAGUAGAGUUUGGCUUACAAUAGAUAGCAAUAUCUAUGUUUGGGCAUUUGAGCAUGGCAGUGAUGUGGCAUACUUUGACGGACUGGGAGAGACAAUUGUGAGCGUGGGCCUCGUCAAACCAAGACCUGGAGUAUUCCAAAGCUUUGUCAAGUAUCUUCUAGUUUUGACUACUACAGUUGAAAUUGUGGUUCUUGGUGUAACAUUUUCAUCAAGCAAGCCUGAUGGGUCCACCGAGUUUGAAGAAAUGCACCUGGUGCCUGAACCUGUGUUUGUGAUGCCCAACGACGGAAUCUGCAUGAUGUCGGUCAAGUCCACCAGCAAUGGUCGCAUCUUUAUGGGUGGUAAAGAUGGAUGUCUGUAUGAAAUUACUUAUAAGGCACAACUAGGCUGGUUUGGGAAGCAUUGUAAAAAAGUAAAUCAUUCCACAAGUGCGCUAUCAUUCCUAGUACCCGCCUUCCUGAAUGCUGCCUUAUAUGAUGAGGAUGCCAUUGUGAAAAUAGAAGUGGAUAACUCCCGCCACAUUUUGUACACUUUGACUGAAAAAGGUUGUAUUGAAGUGUUUGAUUUGGGCUCUGAUGGGGAAGGGCUCACAAAGGUUGCUCGACUGACUCAAGGGAAGAUUGUAUCACUAGCUGUAGAUAUUGUAAAGACGCUAGAAGGCAAUAAUUUCAAACCUGUGAUAGCAAUAUCAGCUGUAGAUGAAUCAGAGUCGGAACACCUGAACCUGGUAGCGGUGACUCAGACGGGGGCCAGACUGUAUUUUAGUACAGGAAGCGGAGAUGCGAAUCCAGGAGGGCCAUCGAAUAGACCUCAGUAUUUGAACCUACUGCAUGUGCGAUUGCCACCGGGAUUCACGCCUAAUGCUUCUGUACUAAAACCGAAACAAGUACAUAGUGCAGUUUACGAAAACGGCACCCUCCUAAUGGUGUGCUCAUCGGGCGGCGCGGAGGCGGAGACGCUCUGGUGCCUGUCGCGCGCGCUGCCCGGAGCAGGGUUCAGCGAGGCGCACUCGCUGCUGCCGCUGGACGGGCCCGCCUGGGCGCUGACGCCGCUGCCGCCCGCGCACGCCAACCAUCUGUCGCCCGCGCUGAUGGCUAAGAGAGAAGUAUGGAGCCUAUCCCGCUGGGCGGUGGUGACGGGCGCGGGCGCUGCGCUGCUGACAGCUGGCGCCGCUCCGGACCUGCUGCGGUCGUUGUUGAGAGACUGCCACGGACCCGACGCGCAGCCGGUCAAGGACUUCUUCCAGCUGCAGAACGUGGAGCAAGCGUGCGCGUGCGCAGUGUACUUAGCGUGCGAGGAGGCGGGCGCGGAGCCGCUGGGCGAGUGGGCGGCGCGCGCCUUCCUGCUGCACGGCUCGCAGCCCGCCCCCUACCAGCCACAGGAGUCUAUGCAGAUGACUAGCACUAUUGGUUCACCGAAGUUCUCGCCGCGUCAAAUGUCGACGCCCAUGACGAUGCGAGGCCCGCUCGGGCCGGUGACCCUCAGCCAGCAGUACCAGCAGGGGCAGAUGAACCAGUCCUACAUGAGCUCUCCCAACCAGUCGCACGCCGGACAGUCCCCCUACCAUCCCAACAUGAUGAGUCCGACGCCGUUCAACCAGAGCUCGUUCCAGGGAAAUAUCACUCAGCAGCAAAGAGAUCCGAACGGCCCUAUUCAAGUCGAGUUCAGUGCGAAACAUAACGGUCUUUAUAUUUAUGUUGGACGGAUUUUGGCACCUAUUUGGAAUCUGAAAUGCGUGUCGAAGUCUGUAUCGGAUAGUAAGGAAUUUAUGUCAAGCACGGUGACGGGCGAGGACUGCGCGCACGUGGUGCAGCGCCUGCGCCGCGCCGCCGCCUUCAUGCAGCGCACGCUCGCGCCGCCGCACUCCGACGAACACGCCUCGCUGCACGCGCUCACCGUGUUCACUAAUAUGGCGAUAGAGAUGUUGAGCCUCUGGAAGGUUCUGUCGGAGCAUCAGUUCCACGUGAUCGCCGCCAACCUGCCGCCGGAACAGCAGAGCGCCUUGCAAGCAGCUGGCUUCAGGGAGCUAUUGGUCGGUGGUCAAGAAGUGGCCUGUCUGCUACUCGGAGCGCUCGUGGCGGGAUACCUUCGUGAUAAUGCUUCAGUGGACGGCAUCUCGCAGAAGCUGCGACAACUGUGCCCCACUCUGUACAGACAAGAAGACGCCACGUGUUCUAAGGCAAAUGAGCUGCUAAUAUUCGCCAAGCAGCAAAAGAAUCCAGCUGAACGAGAUGAAAUGCUUCAACACGCCCUGAAACUAUGCAUGGACGUAGCACCGAACGUGAAUCUACCAGUAGUGUGCUCCAAGCUAGUAGCGGCCGGCUUCUUCUCCGGGGUCGUUGACCUGUGCGUGGCGUGCGCCAACAAGCUGGACCCUCAGAACAAGGCCAUACACUACUACAGGAGCGACCAGCCCAGCCAGGACCGCGAGGGGCAUCUCGCCUACUACAGGAGAAUGGAGAUAUACCGCGAGGUGUGCGGCGCGCUGGAGCGUCUGUACGAGGCGCAGAGCAACGGCGGCGGCGAGGCGCGCCCCGAGUCCGCGCUCACCAUGUCGCCCACUCAGGCCAACUACCAGGGAAGAAAGCUAGUGUGGGAGUGCCUCUCCCGCGACGACGAGCUGCUACACGUAGCAGUCUACGAGUGGCUCGUCACCAAACGACUUGGCUCAGAGCUAGUAUCCCUAGGCACGGCGCCACCCGCCUCUCUCCGCACGUACCUGCAAGCGGCGGCCCGCGGCGCGCCGCCCGCCACCGCGCUGCAUCUACUGGACCUGCUGUGGAAGGUUCUGGAGAAGUCUGGGGACCACCUCGCGGCCGCUGAUGUGCUGGAGGGACUGGCUACUAGGCCCGGCUCCGGCGCCACCCUCGAGCAGCGCAUCUCAUGGCUCUCCGCCGGCGUAGUCUGCGUGCGGGGCGCGGGCGGCGCGGGGGGCGGGGGCGGCGCCCUACUGCGGCGGCUGGAGGAGGCGGGCGAGGUGGCGCGCGUGCAGCGGGCCGUGCGCGCGGCCGCCGCGGCGCUGCCCAGUAUACGCGCGCCGCCGCCGCACGCCAUGCAGCGGUUAGAUGACGAGCUGCUCGAGAUCACUCAGCUAUACGAAGAGUACGCGGACCGCUACAACCUGUGGGAGUGCAAGCUGGCCAUCGUGCAGUGCUCGGGCCACAACGACUCGCUACUCGUAGAGAACAUCUGGAGCAACAUACUGGCCGAGGCGGAGGGCGCGGCGCGCGCGCUCGCCACGGCCGAUGAGAGAUUGGACUCUAUGUUGAGCAAACUGACUACAUUGGCCAAGGAGUAUGUCAACACUGGGCAUUGCUUCCCGUUGUAUUUCAUCGUGCGACAGCUUGAAAUAACUAGCUGCAAACUGCAAGCUGACCACCGCAUGGUGUUCAAGGCCGUGUUGAACAUUGGCGUAUCACUAGAACUAGUCCUGGAUAUCUACAUUAAGCUGGUGAGCGUGAACGAGCGCGCGUGGCUGGCGAGCGGCGACGAGCUGCACGUGUGCCGCGUGUGCGCGCUGCUGCUGGAGGCGGCGCGCGAGCUGGCCCCCGCGCUGCCGCCCGCCGCGCGCCGCCGCUGCCUCGCGCGCGCCAAGGACCUGCACGAGGCCGCGCUGUCCGCGCUGCAGGCUCGUCCAAAUACUCAGCGGCUCAUCGAUAGAAUUUCAGUGGCGCAAGCGCAUCUCGACCGCAUGGACUGAGUGAAGAGUUCAAAUCCGUGGGUAAUGUUAAUAAUUAAUCAUUAGCUAAAUGUGAGUUCAGCCGAUGACGGCGCACAACAUUCGUAAAACGUUUACUUUAUUCCUAUUUGUUGCAUCGUCGUAAUUUUAAGUGGUUAUUUCGGGAUGAUGAAGUUGAGAUGAAAAAUAUUCAAUGGAUUUGAUUGUUAAACAAAAUAUGUAUAAUUAAAGUUAAAAUUUGUAACAUUAUCAUAAUAAUAAUUGUAGACAUUAUUCCAAUAGAGAUAGACAUAAACCAUAAAAUAUUUUUGGAA